AUGUUCACUUGUGAAACAGUUGCGGGUCUUAAAUUAAUUACUAAACGUCAUAUUAUUAUUUUAAUACGAGAAAAAUUGAAUACAAUAUCACGCUGGUGGAAACAAAGAAAAAAUGUUCAAAACGUUAAUUUAUUUAUUGUUGAUGAUUUACAUGUUAUUGGUUCAGAUCAUGGAGUAAGUUAUAUAAAAUGAUCAAAUUUUGAAAAAGAGGUUUUGAUUUUCAUGUCAGAAAGAACAAUCGAUUUUGAUUAUAUGGUCUUCAAGAAGAAACACAAGUCUGUAAGACUGGUUAAAUAUUAUGUCAUCCUGUUUUCUUGAUUUGUGUGAACCUUUUCUAUAGUAGAGAAUUUAGGCUUGCAGUCUUUAAGUAACCUUGAAUACUGUUUUCUUUGAGUUACGUUAUUUAAGAAAUACUGGAGUCUUUUGAACUCUGAUCAUUCUUUCCGACCUCCGUUAUGUAAUUUCUACCAUUGUAUGCUGUUAUUUGGUUCUAUGUUGUUUUAAAUACAAAUAACGGU